CGCUUGCCUACGUGUCACAUUUUCAGCUAGCCACAAUUAACAGUGGUCUCGAGGGAAGGCGCUUAGUCUAAGAAGAUGAAGCUGUCUACAAACACACUCCUGCUGUCUCUUCUACUUUUUAAUAGCAUCCUUAUCGCCUUGUCAGGGCGAGAUUUUUAUAAAAUACUAGGAGUAAAUAAAGAUGCUACUACCAGUCAAAUAAAGAAAGCCUAUCGUAAAUUAGCCAUGGUGUUCAUUCUUUGGUGGUGGGUUUGGCUUUGGUUUUGGGAACCAGGGAGGUCAGAGGGAAAUCCCCCGUGGAGGUACCAUCACCAUGGACAUGCACGUCUCACUGGAGGACCUCUACAAGGGAAGCUUCAUUGAGUUUGCUCGUUUCAAGGCGGUCCCUCAUCCUGCGUCGGGGACACGACAGUGCAACUGCCGUACUGAGAUGAAGACCAUCCAGGUUGGACCGGGACGAUUCCAGAUGUCUCCACAGCAAGUGUGUGAGGAGUGUCCCAACAUUAGAUACGUCCUGGAGGAGAAGGUGCUGGAGAUUGACAUUGAACCAGGUAUGAAGGAUGGCUAUAACUACCCGUUCAUAGCGGAGGGGGAGCCCCACACUGACGGGGAACCAGGUGACCUCAUCUUCAUCAUCAUGACUCAAAAACACCCGUUGUUUGAGCGCCGUGGUGACGACCUCUACAUGAACGUGACCGUGACUCUACGAGAUGCACUGGUAGGAUUUGACAUGAAUAUAGAGCAUCUGGAUGGACACUUGGUGAAUUUGAAAAGAGACAAGGUGACAUGGCCUGGGGCAAUCAUCCAAAAGACUGGGGAGGGCAUGCCUAACUACGACAACAACAAGAUGAAAGGGACACUGUACGUCAGGAUGUAGAGUUUCCCAGGGGAAGCUUAUCCGAAGAGACAAGAGAAGAGUUGAUCCGGUUGCUGGGACAAGACUCUAAACAGACAGUGUACAAUGGACUGUAGAGGAGCUAUUGUGUUAGGCGAUCAAUUGUUAUAGUUAAAUUCAUUAUUAUUAUUAUUGUCUGACUUAUUGGUUGUUUUCAUAUAAUUAUGUCAUACCUGAGACUAACUUUUUUCGUAAUUAUUAUUGUGACAUAAUUAUUUAUAAUAAAAAAUGUAAUGAUUCGUGCA